AAAUCGAUGAAAGACCUGAAGACAGAAAAUUAAUUAGUAAAAUCUGGAAGAACAGAAAAAACCCAAUAACACAAUUAAAAUUAUCAAAAAGCCAGAAAACUAGAGGAGACCACAAGAAAUUUUAUAAGAAAAUUGCUAAAAGGCCUGAAGACUAA